AAAAAGAAAUCGUUCUAAAAUUAUCAAAAACCGUUUCCAUACCGGCAUCGAUUUAUUUUAGGUAUCCUAUACAUUCAUUCUGACUCAUUCCUCCUAAACCUUUUUGUGUUUCUGCUACGUGGGUUUAACGGAAAUAAAAAUCCGAAAAAAGAAGUAUUCAAUCUAAGAGUCCUCCUCAAAUGACAAAGACAGUUAAAAACUAAAUUGGAAUGGCAGAUCCACGUAUAAGGACAUUAAAAAUUAAAACUGGCAUUGUGAGAAGAUUAGCGAAAGAAAAGGUAACGUACGAACAAGAAGCUGAUGGUCAAAGGGAACGUAUUGAGCGAAUGAGACGUGAUGGAAAAGACGAAUACGAUGUUAAAAAGCAAGAGGAAGUUUUACAAGAGAGUUUAAUGAUGGUUCCCGACUGUCAACGUCGCCUUGUCAAAGCUUAUGAUGAAUUAAAAAAUAUUCUGAGUUCUGAGCAAGAUUUAAAAGACAAAGAAGAGUAUUUAAAUGCAAUGAGAGUGUUAGAAGAAGCCAGGUUACAGUUACCAAAACCCGGUGAGGUCUUACACAUGUGCUAAAAAGUGAGGUUAAAAACAUUAAAUAUAAUGUCGAAUUAUUACGAUUUUGUUAACCCAACGGCGAAUACAUUCCAUUCGCUCGAUCCGCGUUUAAAUUAUAAUUUAAAUAAUCAAACUAAUAAGGACUCGCUUCUACAUUUUGCCGAAAGUCAAAAUUUUGAUUUAACUUUACCAUUAAAAGAAAUCGUUGAUCAAAAAACCGACGAUGAAUUAUUCAUCGAAACUUGGCUAUCGAAAAUAGGAAAAAUCCAAAUCAAUUUAGAUUCAACAAUAAACAUCACACAAACACAACCAAAAAAAGUAUCACAACCUCUUAUUAAAUCUCCCAUUAAAAUAAGCUCAGCAAAGCAAUCGUUAAAGAAGUGUUUGGAGAUCAUCGCAAAGCUUGAAGAAACCCAACUUGAAUUAAAAUCAAAUGUUGAAACAAUGUCGACAAACGAUUGGAAACGAAAAACUGUUGAAAUUGGAAACUUAAAGCACGAAUUUACCACAUUAAUGGCACAAUUUGAAACUCAUUCUUUAAAACAAUUAAAACGGAUUGUUUCUAAACGCUCUAAAAAACGUUUAGCACAAAAAUCACGAAAAGCUAAUAAAAAAUUGGAAAGAAAUUUGAGGUUAGAAAACCACCGGAAAGCUCAUAAAGAGAUUGACGAUUGGUUGGAAAACAUGAAAGACACAGUCGAACGUGCUAAAGCUGAAGAAAACAUGAAAAAGGAUGCAGAUUGUGUUUUAGCUGAAGUGACUAAAAAGAAAUCGGAUGCUCGAAAACAACUCUCAUUAAUUUCCGCUUUGAUUAAAUUAAGAAUGGUUCGUGAAAAUAUUUGUACACAACGCGGUGAGAAAACUUCCCUUGAAGAUAAAUCUGCUUUUAAUAUUACAACGGAACGCUUAACGAAUAUGUGGGAGGACAUGUCGAAGGUUUACGCAAAAGAAGAACAAGGAUUGAAGGUUAUGUUAGAAAAAAAUGCUUCUGGUGAUCAAUUAAAUGGUCUAAAACGGAGUGAUCAGUUAAUUCGCGAUUGGGAACGAUGCAUUUUUGGACCUAAAUUUGUUCCAAAUCAAGCGUAUUAUGGAUUAACUUCAGCCGAAAAGAACAUGGAAACGUUUAUUGCUAUACGAAAAAGUUGGGACACUUUUCUUGAUAGAAGUAGUGAGGGUGAGGGUGCAAAAAUUCCAAUCGGUUGGGUUUUACCAAAUGAAAACGCUCUGGAUGGAUGGACCAAAUAUUUGUGUGAAGGAAUUUAACUUUUUUUGACAUUUUUUUAUAACUGUUUGCUUUAGUUUUAAAUAUAUGUUACUCAUCUAUUAUUAAUGCGCAUUCAUCAAUAAAAUAUUAAAUACAA